UGUCCCAAGUGGAGGGAACAGCAAGUGCAAAAAGGUCCAGGGCUAGUGUGGGGGAGGGAGUGCAUGACAUAUGUGGUGAACUACGGUAUGAAUUGGUGUAAAUUUGGGGGCGGGGGGCGAUCAGAGAGAGGCAGAGUGGCAAGAGACUAUGGCCAGAUGACAGAGGACCUAGUAAACCAGGUCAAGGAGUUUGAACUUUAUCCUGAGGGCAAAGGGGAGCCAGUGAAGGGUUUUAAGGGAAAGAGUGACAAGGUCUGCUUAAAGGUCGGAAAGAUGCCUCUGGCUGCUACAUGCAAGUUUGGAAGGAGGGAAGACCAGAGAGAGAAGGCUGGAACAGGACCCCAGGGAUCCCGAUAGCUAAUGUCAGAAGAAAGUGACUCUCUGAGAACCAGCCCUUCUGCGGCCUCACUUUCUGAAAAUGAGCUGCUACCAGCGCCCGAGCCCCCUGGCUACGUGUGCUCGCUGACCGAAGAGCUGGUCACCAAGGCCAGGGAAGAGCUGCAGGAGAAGCCGGAAUGGAGACUUCGAGAUGUCCAGGCCCUCCGUGACAUGGUGAGGAAGGAGUACCCGCACCUGACCACCUCUCUGGACGAUGCCUUCCUGCUGCGUUUCCUCCGAGCCCGCAAGUUUGAUUACGACCGGGCCCUGCAGCUCCUGAUCAACUACCACAGCUGCAGGAGAAGCUGGCCCGAGGUCUUCAGUAACCUGAGGCCGUCGGCCUUAAAAGAUGUCCUCGCUUCCGGAUUCCUCACCGUGCUGCCCCACACCGACCCCCGGGGCUGCCAUAUCCUGUGCAUCCGCCCAGACAGAUGGAUACCGAGCAACUAUCCAAUUACCGAAAACAUCCGAGCCAUAUACUUGACAUUAGAAAAACUCAUUCAGUCGGAAGAAACCCAAGUGAAUGGAAUUGUAAUCCUUGCAGACUACAGAGGAGUGAGCUUAUCAAAAGCAUCGCACUUUGGUCCUUUUAUAGCCAAAAAGGUGAUUGGCAUCCUUCAGGAUGGUUUCCCCAUUCGGAUAAAAGCAGUCCAUGUAGUGAAUGAACCUCGGAUAUUUAAAGGCAUUUUUGCCAUCAUAAAACCAUUCCUGAAGGAGAAAAUCGCCAACAGAUUUUUCCUUCAUGGAUCUGACCUAAACUCUCUCCACACAAACCUUCCCAGAAGCAUUCUUCCCAAGGAAUACGGGGGCACGGCUGGCGAGCUGGACAUCGCCGCCUGGAACGCGGAGCUGCUGGCCUCCGAGGAGGACUUUGUGAAGGAGUUCUGCCAACCCGUCCCCACCUGCGACAGCAUCCUGGGCCAGGCCCUGCUGCCCGAGGGGCUGACCUCGGACGCGCAGUGUGAUGACUCCAUGCGGGCAGUGAAAUCCCAGCUGUACUCCUGCUACUAGCCAGUCCCCCAGGGGUGUCUCUACCUUGAAAUCCUCUUACAUUCCUCUGGACAGGCACAGGGAGAAUUUGAGGUGCCACGCACUCGGUCUUGCUCCUUGGAAUGAAACUGCAGCAUGGAGGAAAAGCCGGUAGAGCUCUGAGAGUGAGCCAAGGGUGACACCCUUGAUUACUUGAAUUAGUCCAUGGAAAACAUCCUCCCAAAUGUUUGGAAUCUCAGUUUGCAACCCUUAAUCCAGAAGCUGCGUCUGGUUCCUAUACAUCUCAAAGCAAGGAAAGUCAGGACCAAAGGCACGUUGAUCCCAUGUUCCAGGAGCAAACCUGGUUGGCCAGUCAGCACGCUCCUACGAAACAGUCUGGCCAAGCCCACAAGGUGGCCACACAUGAGACUUUGGGAGUUUGCUCGUUGGGAACCUUCAGGUUUGAGGUCCAGGUCCCAGGUGCCAUCACUGGGUUUGGAAAGCCCCUUAUCUGAACCAGGCACGCAUCGGGACGUCCGCAGCACUUCAUGAUCAAAUUUGGGAUCCGUAGACUUCAAGCAUCUCUGGGGCUCGUUGGUUGAAUCUUGCAAUAGAAACUUAAGUUUUCCCAAACCCAUAAAGCCUUAGCCCUGGUUCUCAAUAGACUCAUACCAGGUCCUAGAAGUAUGUGAUUUUACUCGACCUAAAAUACUGGGUGCCAAGGCCUGUGUAGCUCAAAGAAUUCUGGCCUAAGACUCAAGAGACCUGGGCUCCAGCCUCAGAUGUGUGACUGUGGAUGAGACCCGGCCUCUGUGGGCCCCAGCUUUCUCAUCCGUAAAACGAGGCUGAGUGAAAUGAUGCCUGGGGCCCUUUGGGCUGCUGAGGUUCUGGGGUUUGAUUUAGUUAUUGAAUGUUAGACAUCGCUUUUCUGCCUAAAAAAGAUGACUCUCUAGAUACAAGUGGCUGGAUCCUGUUCUUGGUGGUACCACUGGGCCUCUCCAAGAGGGACGUGUCACCAUCUGGCCCUGACUUUAAAGAAACAAGUGUGUAUAUUCCCUGGGGCUCAGUGAUACCGACUUCCUUUUCAUAGUGGGGGUGAAACUUGAAAAGAAUGGCUUUUGUGAGGGCAGGUGAGUUGGCCAGGAUGUCGUAGCAAUUCCUUCCAUCCCUGAGAUUCUGGUGCCAUAUUGUAAACCUGGCAACAGGCAAUGGUUCAGUUACUUGGGAUACUGAAAUUUUGGUCUCCGGAAAUGAAUGCAAGGGCAGAUUAUUCCCGGGUCACUUCUGGGGCCCUGCCCUCCUCAGCCCACUUGAGUUUCUCUCUCUGGUGCGGGUAGGCACACUUUACGCUGUCCAGCCAGACUGAAUGUUAGCUCUGCAUCUCAGCACUUUAGACCCUUCCUGUCAAGAAUUCAGCCUUAGCCCAUGCAUCAGAUUAGAUGGUUCAUCUGGUGGCUUUGGAACUCUUUCCUUUCAUAUUCAUUCCAUGCCAAUUAUGGUGUUAAAAAGUGACAAGUACUAUGUGUCGUGUGUGUGUGUGUGUGUGUGUGUGUGUGUGUGUGUGUGUGUGUGUACCUUCUCUGUGCAUUUAUUAGGCCACCAGGCAAGGUGGACGGCUCAGUUAGGAAGAGAACAGUACAGUGAAAUUCAGAGGUCAGUCUGUUGGGAAUAAACUGUUCACCUUUAUAGCACUUUUCAAAAUGUCUGGAGAAGUUGUUGGUGGAAAUUACCUCAUUUGUGCCAAUUGAAGGGAAAGCUCUUUUCACCAUAGAGACUAACUCUGGAUCCUCUAGGGACCUGUCUGAGCUGGAAGUGCCGACAUGCACACCCCUGGCCACCUCUAGUUCCAUCUGACAACGAUGGUGUGACCAGCAUUGCUGAAAAGAUCUAAAUAGGACAAGUGGGAUGGCUAAUGUAGAGGGUUCAGAACCCAACUGGCUGGAUGGGACAAUUGGUUAGAGCAGGGGUCGGCAAACUUUUGAGACGCAAGAGCCGCCCGGGGUCAGCAAACUGCGGCUCGCGAGCC